UCAGAAUACUAUGAUGCCACCAGGGCUUUCCUGCUCCUGGCCCUGAUCGACGGGUUUCUCUCCUUCUUCGCUCUCAUCGCUUCGUUCUUCCGCUCCCACCUCGGGCCCGUGUCCCUGAGCCUGGUCUCUGCCAUGGGCAGCUUCAGCGCAGGGCUCUGUGCCAUGAUCGCGCUGGCCAUGUUCACAGGGGAAAUAGCUAAGAUCAUAAAUGGCGUCCCAGUCAAGCUCCACUUCGGCUGGUCCUUCGGCCUCGGCUGGGCCUCCUUCCCCCUCUUCCUCAUCACUGGCGCGGUGAUGAUGUUCGCCCGGAAACCUCCCCCGAGCUGAGCCUGGGGCCGCGCUGCCCGGGGGGGCCGGAUGCAGCCUGCAGCCUCACGGGGCCGAUUCCCUCAAGAGCCCUGACAGGGGACGGGGGGGGGGUCUGUGUAGCCCUGGCCUCUCUCUACCCUGGGAGUCCCCCCUCCAGCUCCCCCCACACACAUUCCAGCCCCGUCCUUUGGCGUCCAACCAACAUUCUCUGUUCUGACAUUAAACGGGUCCGUCCCCAAAGCAUCA